AUGCCUUUCAAAACAAUAAACUCCAAGUCCCUCUACUACACCCUUACCCCCCCGUCCUCUACCUCCACCAGCAGCUCCAACCCACUCACCCUUCUCUUCAUCCAUGGUCUUGGAUCUUCGUCUUCCUUCUACUUCCCUAUCAUCCCAUACCUCUCAUCCCUAGGCCAUCGCUGCAUCACUCUUGACACCCAUGGCAGUGGAGCAUCGAUCUACAACGCCGAGGCCGGCAAUAGCAUUUCCAGCAUAGCAUCUGAUGCAACCAGCCUUUUGGAUGCAUUACAAAUUGAGAAGGAUGUGGUGGUGCUUGGUCACAGCAUGGGCGGCAUCGUUGCAUCCCAGCUCGCCGCUUCCGACGUGAACGGGAGAGUCAAAGCCGUCGUCUUGAUCGGGCCAGUGAAUCCGAAUCCUGCUGCCGCAGAAGUAUUUGGAAAGAGAAUAAAGAUCGUUGAAGAGCAGGGCAUGGAAGCUAUGGCUACUACAAUCCCACAAGCUGCAACGGGGACGCGCUGCAGCGCACUGGUUCGUGCUUUCAUUCGACAAUUACUCAUCGGCACGAAUCCCGAUGGAUACAAUUCCCUGUGUCGUACCAUUGCAGAGGCACCAGUCCCAGAUUACGCAAGUAUCAAAAUUCCCGUCCUGCUUUUGGCUGGCGAAGAGGACAAAUCCGCUCCGCUCUCCGGAUGCGAGAAGAUUUUGGAAGGAUAUAAGAGUGAGAUAAAGACUUUGAAUGUGCUGAGUGGUGUUGGCCAUUGGCAUGUACUGGAAGCUCCGGAAGAAGUCCAGAAGGUGGUUGGCGCAUUUUUGAGCGAGUUAUCAUAG